UUUCUUGAGGUUUUCGUUUUGUGAUUCUUUUUCGUAGAUGAUAUAACGCCACGUGGCGUAUCCGUCUCUCAUAAUCGGUUAAUUACCAAAAAGCCCCGGGAGGAAACGUAUUUUUUUUUCCGAGAAAAUCUUUUUGACGGCAGAGGAGACAAUGACGAAGAGAGGACUCAAGUCGCGGCCUUCGUCGCCGUCGUACGGCGGUGGCUCUGCUCGGAACUUGGAGUUGGUUGGGAAGUCAAGCGAGGAUGUAAGGAGCUCUACAAGACUCAGACUCAAGCCUUUGAGGAAGCCGAAGACUAGCCACAAGCAGAAGAAGAAGAAAGCUACUAAAGUCCAUGAGAAGAUGCCCAAGAAACCUCCCACUGCUUUCUUCUUUUUCUUGGAGGAUUUCAGGAAGCUAUAUCAAGAGGAGAAUCCUGAGGUCAAGUCCAUGCGUGAGAUUGGGAAGACAUGUGGAGAGAAAUGGAAAACAAUGACUUACGAGGAGAAGGUAAAGUAUUAUGAUAUAGCCACUGAGAAAAGAGAAGAGUUUCACCGAGCAAUGACUGAAUAUACUAAGCGAGUGGAAUCAGGUGAAUUUGAUGAAUCAGAGACCGAAUCAGACUUUUCUGAAUAGACCCACAUUAGAAAAACAUUUGUUCUAAGCCUUCUAAUAACAUUUAGAAGUUUGUUUUUGGUUGAGAUCUUUUCUUUCCUUGACACUCCUGUUGACUGCACUUUGAGAUUAAUAGAAAUUAACCAGUUUCUCAGGUA